GAAAAUACGGAAGUGUCAAUACUUCAACCACCGCCAAUAUAUUGAUAUGUAAACAAGAUUUAGACGCAGAAAUAAUUAUAAGGACCUCAAAGCUACAUUUUUAUUAAAGUAACCUCUCAGAGGUAGUUUUAAGGAUCCCAAGAAAUUUGAGAUGCCUUGUUCUUGAAAAAGAGUGACGUGACGUGCAUCUAGAGAUCGGGGACAGAUGAUCGGCAUCCGUUUGCGUCUUUCCUCAUCCGUCGCUAACCACAGGGGAGCGAUAGUGAGAGCGGUUGUCAACAUGCAUAGAAGGCCGUUAGUGUACAGGCAAACAGUAUGCCUGUAAAGAUGCAGAGGACGGGUGACAGAGGGAUGGACAAUCUGUUGUGCACCUCCUUUCAGGCCAUCAAUGAGUACAACCAAUCUCACUUAGUGUUCGAUUUAUACAUGGCUGUUGUAUCUGGGGAAACUCAACUAGUCAGAAAUAUUUUACUUUCACAUCCAGAUGUGGAUUUCAACAUUCUAGUUCAAGGAACAACUGUUUUAUCUCUGUCACUCUACAAACGUCACUUUGACAUAUUUGGAUUACUGAUGAGACAUUGUGAAAAGAGCAGAAAAUUGAAUUUAAACAUUUGCAGCAAAGAUCACCUUAACAGGGUUGAACCUCCUGUAAUCACAGCGUGUAGAAUGCACUUUCUGGAGGGAGUGGUAGCUCUUGUAAAUGCUGGAGCAGAUAUUGAUGCAGUGGACAAUAAUGGCCAUACAGCCUUAUGGGUUGCAUCACGUCAACAAAUGCCAGAUUUAGUGGAAUAUCUCAUCUCAAAUGGUGCUAGUGUAAACAAAACAGAUCGUUUUAACUACACUCCUCUUCUCACUGCCUUGACCUACAGAGUUAGUUCAAUCAUCACAAAGACUCUGAUUUUGCAUGGAAGCAACUUGGAAGGUCCGAAAGUGUCUCUCAUGGCUCAACAAACACCACUUUUCUGGGCAGCAAAGAGCAAGAAUAGUGAAAUUGUACGCCUGAUUUUGUCUGCUGGACUGCCUGCUUCAGAAAUCAAGAGUGUUCACCGAGCAUUGUUGAUGGAUGGGGAGCUGGACUCUCAGAUUCUCAGCCUGUUGAAUUCAGAAUAUCAGAAACCACCACUGCUGAGACAAAUUUGUCGUAGAGUUGUAAGAAAUCGUGUCAGCAAGUGUUGCAGAGGAAAAGACUUUAUAAAGCAUAUAAAUGUACUACCACUGCCAGUUGUAAUGAAACAUUAUCUAAGCCUAAGAUGAGUAUAAAUGCUAACAGUCUAUUUAGAAUGUUUUAUAGUAUACAUUUUAAAAAGAUAUUAAAUUUGUAUUGAUGAAUAUGCAUGCAUUAAUCUUGCCUUUUGUUUUACAUAUAGAAUGUAGAUUUUAUCGGGGGAUAUGUUAAAAAUUAUGAUAAGAUAUCACAGAAAGAAUGAAAUUUUAAAGAAAGUUGUCUGUAAAUUGAAUCUGUGUUAUUUUAUUUAAUUUUUUUUCUGUCUAAAGAUUUGUCAUGUACAUGUAAAAUUUAAGCAGUGAAAGGACAUCAUAUUUUACUAUGGAGUCAAGCAGAAGAAAUGAUUCAUAUUUAUGUUAAAGAUUUCUUUUAUAUAUGACUGGGAAAGAUUGCUUUUUUGUAAAUUGUAUCUAUAGCUUCAUUGCUCUAAAAUAUUUGACUUUUUAUAGAGGCCUUCUGAAUAGGUCACUUAAAUUUAUGUAUUUUGAAAGUAUAGUCAGUCAUUGCAACUUUUAUUGUUUCAUAAAUUUGUACCUUAAGCAUGAAACUUUAUGGAUUAAUUGACAGUAAAUUCAGGGGUCAAUCUAAUUAAAUUCAGACUUGUAGAUCCGCUCCUCUAUAAUAGUAUCUUAGAGGAGCACAUCUACGAGUAUAAUUUUAAUUAGAUUGAUUCAGGGGUAUUAUGAAGGUUUUAUGAUUCAUUAAUACUUGAUUAUCAUAUAUGCUCUCAAGGAGGCAAUACUUGGGAUGGAGUGGAGGGGGGGGUGUUCAUUACACAUCUGGCAUAUUAAACCAUUUAUACUGAGUGUAUCAUUGGACAGAGUAAAACUUUGCCAAGCAGGUCCAAUGAUUUAAUGUCUUUGGCACAGAUUGUCAGAAUGUGUACAAUAGUAUAUAUACGACCACAAAUUGUAAAUUUGCAAGUCUAAAUGAUAAACUUUAUAUUGUUGAUCUACUUCAUAGUGUUAAUGUAAGAGGUGUUUUCUGAAAACUGCAAAGCAGUAUAAAUUGAUGUUUUCUAUAUUUACCAUGUAUACUGGUAUGUUGUGGAUGUCAUUUGUGUGAGCACACAAUUAUUUUACAGUACUAUUUAUGAUGAUUCUCAAUCCUAGUCAUUGAAUAAAAUACUGAAGAUAUUAAUCAUGUUAGCAUAUUGAAAAAGCACUAAUAAUAAUGGUCACAGUAGCAUUUGUUUCACAACACAACAAUUUUAAAAGUACGUAGGUGAUAUUUAAUUUGUCUAGCAUGUGUAUUUUUAAUUUAUAAGAUGUAGUUUGUACAUUGCAUUCAUGCUAAAAGGCUAGUAAUUAUAGUGCAGGUAUGAGCAUAAUGUGUAUCUUGCUACACUUUAGAUAGAACCUGAUACUCUGCUAUGUGCAUGUCCUUAUCUUUUAGACUUGGGUGAUUUAAUUGCUGACAGGGUCUUACUAAUUUAUAAAAAUAUGUUCAGAUUUGUGUUAUUUGUGAUGUUACCGAGACCAUGAAAUGGCAUCUGAAAGUAUUACCAUACUGAAUAUGACAGAAUGGUUAAGUGUGUCAAUAUAUAUACAUGUGUUCCGAAAUAUCAGCUUGUUUUAUUUUUUCACUUUGACACUAUAAAUACUUUUAACACUGAAAGUCAAUGAAGUUCAAUACUAUUUCGAUGUACUUAAUCUUUAAAUACUGAUAAAGUUACUAUUUUUUGUGUUUCCUCAGUUGAGGUGGUUGCAUAGCCACUGAUGGUCAUCCUAGACAAUAUAUAUUUGUACGGACUUAUGUGUACAAAAAUACCUUUUGCAUCUUGCCAUACAUAAAAAUUCAACAAAGAGAAACAACUACAUGUAUUGGGCAAAUGGGAAAUUGUAUCCAUGUCCCAUAAAAUAAUUGAAGUUGGUGCCUCAUCAAAUAUAAUUACCAAAUUAUUAGAGAUUACACAUUUUUUCCAAUUUUUGUUUUGCAAUUCCAUGUUUUCAUUUGUUGUUUUAUUUUUGUUGUAUCAUAUCACACAGUAAAGGCUUUAAAGCAAAA